AUGAACCCUUGCGAGAGAUGUCUCGCCCGCGGUGAGCACUGCGACUGGGUUACGGAGACGCAAGGAGUAAACCACCAUGCUCCGACAAAAAAUAAUGUGAUGGAACAGUUUCUCCCCGAGUCAUUGCCAAACAGUCAGACUCCGGAGAGCAAUUGUGCACCAUCCGAUAGGUUUACCAUCAAGCGGUAUAUUGAUGCGUACUUCGACAAGGUCAAUGCGAUGUCGUGUGUCUUCCUCCACAAGCCCACAAUUUUGGCGGACUGGAGCCAAGACCAGCUGGAUCCUGUGUUGACGAUUCUGAUAUGUGCCCUCGGUCUUCUACUCAACAGUCGCUCGCACGAACAGCGUGAUACCGCCAGGGUUUGGGUGGACGAAGCGCAGCUGAGAAUUUUGGGUACCAUCGCUAAGCAGACUGUGGGAUACCUGCAGGCUCUACUGCUCCUAGUUCAGUUCCAUUUCCUGGCUGGCCACGUCCGAGAAGCCUGGAACCUCAUUUCCUUGGCAGCGAGACUGGCAUUCACCCUCAGGCUGAACUAUGAGCACCCGGAAAUCCACCCUAUCGAGCAAGAGUGUAGAAGGCGAAUGGUCUGGUCUAUCUACCUGCUCGACCGCAUGUUCUCUGGUGGAGUGGACGACUUGGAAGUCUGUCCAGCCUCACGAAUGUAUGUUCGCCUUCCAUGCAACGAUCAUAGCUUCCAUCGCGGUCUGCCUUCCAGUGCUGCAUAUCUUGAUCUCUGCGAAGGAAACGAAACCUUUCAAGCCGAUCUUCUCGCACAACAUAUCAGAUUGUAUGCGAUCAGAGAACGCAUACUCAGGUACACAAAAGGGGUACGGCGCGAUGGCUCUAGCCCCGUGCUCACAAAGAUGACUCUACAAAGCCUUGAGCGGGAGCUCCAGAGUUUCGUAGAGCGACUUCCCGAGAACCUGCAACUCGAGCCGGACACUUUCCUACUAGUGAUGCAUUCGGAGGAUGCCCCGGGGUUUGACCUGGGCGAGCCAAUUGAUGACGUAUUUCUUCCAGUGAGCAUCUACCAGGUCACGCAAAUCAUACACCAUCUCAAGCGGCUGCUGCCUCACGAAGGGGAACACAGCGUUUCCAACAUUCGAACCACUCUCAGCAAGUCGCUGGAAAUGGCAUGUAAACUUCAACAGAGAUAUCCACGAAUCGAGCGCUGCCUUGAAGACACGCGGCAGUUACUGCAAGUGCUCGGACAGGAUAGGAGGGACCUGCCGAGGUUAUUGGACCCCGGACAACGUCUUAACCUCCAGCAUUUACCAUCACUCCAUUCACUGAUCCCAGAUCCUCUGGAGCAAAGCACAGAAAAAUCUGAUACUCGCGGGAAGGCCCGCCUGUCAAAACACCUUCGAACCUCGGCCGGACAAAGCUACCUGACGUCAAGUUCCUUGGCCCAAUCAGUUGAUCUCGGCAGACCGCAAGUGACCAAAGACCCUUUCGAACCUCUGGUUUUCGAGGGUCAUGCGGAAUUCGAGCCUGCGAACAUGUUUGACAUGCAGUUCAACGGGUAUUAUGAUCCAGAACAAAACGAUUUCAUGGUUCCAUUCACAGGUGGAGGGUGGAAUUACACGUAG